AUGAUCCUUUACACGAAGCUUCUGUGUAAACAUUUGAGGGCGUCAAGGCCGGUCGAUAGGCGCACGUUCAGCUCUUUGGGGGAAUACAUUGACAGCGCCGACGUAGAGGAGGCGGAGUCCAAAAGCGAUCGGUUAAUCCCGCACAUUUUCCGUUGGGGAGUUGGUAACAGACACGUCGCUCAGUCAAAGAACAGGUACCGACCUACUCACAAGGAGAGGAAUACGACAGUGUCAAUUAGAGCGAAUUACUUUGAGUUGGACCUGACGUUCGAAAAGUGUAAGAUCGUCUACGACGAGACGAAUGAACACUGGGAAGUGCUCUGGCAUGAACACGGGAAAUUAAACGGAAAACCGUUCCCUAUCAAAAAGUAUGGAAUAGAAGCCUCAAAGAUCGAGGCAAUCUCAUUCGCAAAAACGCUAAAUGAACGACUAAAAUCGCAGCCAGAUCCGGACGAUUUGGAACAAGAUAUUCACGGAAACAUCGCAAGUAGUCAAGGUGUAGAGAAAGGAGUGACAUUUGAUCGCAUAUUACAGUCCUGGGUUGGACUAGGAAGGGUCGGUACGAGACCAACGGCGAGAGCAUUUUCCGCCGAUUACCAUGGAUACGAAAAUGCCAAGCAUAUGGCAAAGACAUUUAAGAAUGAGUAA